CAUCCUACUUGUGACAUGGUAGCCAUCGGUGCAUCAAACCGCGGUGGUGUUGGUGAUGCCUUCAGGGGUAUAUAUACGACGAGCGCUGCGGGGCUUGAUAAACACUUGCCCAUCAGCGAUUACUGCUGCAGCAUGUACACGUCAUUGGUAAUCUUGGUCGCGUUGGCAGCGUGCGCCUCAGCAGCGCCCGCUGAUGACGUGGUACCGAUCGUCAGCCAAAGCCAGGAGGGUCCCAACCCGGAUGUCUACAAGUGGAGUUACGAGGCUGGUAACAGCAUCAAGGCCGAGGAGGAAGGCCACCUGGAGGACGCCGGCACCGACAACGAGGCGAUGACGGCGGAGGGCGGAUUCAGUUACACUGGCGACGACGGUCAACCGAUCUCCCUGACGUACAAGGCCGACAGGAACGGUUUCCAACCGGUGGGUGCUCAUCUACCCACUACACCGGAAAUCCCGCCACUGAUACAGAAGGCACUCGAGUGGAUCGCGGCUCAUCCAUCCAAGGAUGACGAGAACCAGGUGUAGACCUGCGCUACCGUUCAACAUAUAUGUGAUCUCACGAGCUCUCAUGUAAUUAUUACGCCAACACGAAUGGAAGACGAGACCCACGAUAUACUCGAUGAUAUACCGGA